GUUGUGACCAACUUCAACGCUCAUUGUUCUUUGCUUUGUGGCUCCUGACGUCGUCAGUCAGCCUAUCUCCACUAUCUCGAACAAGAGACGUCGUCUUUCGCGCAUGGCUUUCGUCGCACAGUCGUCUAAGUUCCUCAGUAUCCCCCGCGCACGCGCUGAACUGCCCAGCCGUGAGCUCGAGGACUUAUCUUCUGACCUCGAGCUUUCAUUCGCUUCCAAUGUAUCGCUGAACUCGCCCCCGAGGCUGUCCCUUCCUCUUACCCCAGAGAGCGAAUACCCGAAGCCUAUGGAUAUAUCUCCACUCCCCCCUGUGAUGUUCAUGCGGCCGCGCGCAUUGACCAGCGACUCGCGUAUGUUCGGCCAGGACCGAAGCAAUGAAUGGGGGCAAGCGAGUCAGGUACAACUUGGCGACGUCUCCGGUUCAUCCAAAGUGGGGUCAACGCUCAGUGGCAAACGCACCCAGCGAAGUGCGCUGCCCACAGAGUGGUUCCAACUACCGCAACAAGAUUCAUCUCCUGCGCUCGUUCGUCAACUUUCCGAUGACGCGAUGGAUGUGGACUCUUCCUAUGAAGCCCCUCUGCUUUCAAUCGUUGCACCUCAAUCUGCUGCUCCUACUAUCACCGCCUUCAGCAAUAUCUUCUAUGAUAUGUCUCCCGUCGCGCCACAACCCAAGAAACAGCGUCGCUCGCUGUCCCCAGACCAUCUCAACACGUUUGCUUCUCCAGGAAGCUCGUCUCCUCCGCAAGCGUCCUCGCCCACUCAAUAUAAAACUGACCGGCUCGCUGCCGCUGCUGUCAUCGAGAAGCCUGUCCCGGCGUUCGGUCCGAUAUUAGGGCUCAAACGUCCUCGGCGACCCGCUCUCUCCGGGGUCGCGCAAACCGCAUAUCCGACGGUUGAUGGGGAUCAUGGUCUGCCUUGUCCUGCUGGGCGACCCUUGCCUCCCGCUCGGAGAGCAUUUUCAGCUGUGAUCCCUCCGUCGUCGCUGAACUCUCAGCUUCCUGAUGCCGUCUCGGAUGAUUCAUCGUUCGAGGGCACUUCAUCACCGGCGCAAGCCUAUGCCAAACGCCAGCACAUGAAGACUCUCCGUCGGCGCGAUGGUACUGACGACUUCCGGCCUUUGACUGGGGCUACGGCCAUGAUCCUCAACGAAAGUCCUUCCGCGAAAUUCCUUACUGCCGGAAUGCCUGGAUUCGGAGACAAUGAGGCCUCUGGCAAGCUUUUGCCUUGCCACCGUGUGACGGAGGAUGGCUUGAUGAGAAUUACGCCAGACACGUUGAACCAACUGCUCGAUGGCCACUUCAGUAGCCGAGCGGACUAUCAUAUUAUUGACUGCCGCUUUGAUUACGAGUACAACGGCGGUCACAUCCAAGGUGCCAUCAACUUGAAUCAAGUCGGGGACGUCGAAGAGUUCCUUCUGCGCGAGACGCUGGUCAAACCCAAGGCAUCUGUUAGCGGAGACCCUGCGCGCAAAACAAUUCUUGUGUUCCAUUGCGAGUUUAGUGCCAAGCGGGCACCUACUUUCGCAAAACACCUGCGGGCCAAAGAUCGAGCGAUCAACAACCAUGUUUAUCCCAAAAUCCACUACCCCGAACUCUACAUCCUGGAGGGCGGAUACUGCCGCUAUUUCCAGAAUGCCUCUGUCCGCUGCCAACCGCAAGCCUAUGUGAGGAUGGAUGAUCCGGCCCACACUACCUCGAGAGAUGGCGGUCUGGACGCCUUGCGCAAAACCAAAUUUGGGCGACACAAGUCAUAUGCUUACGGGGAUGCUGUGAACAAGACAUCUGCUUCCUCCUCAACGCAGAAUCCCCAGUCGAAGCGCAACACUCUACCUGCUGGCCCUGGCUCUAUGUUUGCUGCCGCAAAUGCAGCUCGGACGAGACGUGGAGGCUCGUUGAUGCCGUUGUCCGAGGACGGACAUGGGCCAACUGAUGCUGAAGAGACGGAUGAAGAUCUCGGGGACAGCCCCUGCCCGCCAGCAAACAAGGGGAUUCGGAAAGGCCCCCGAACUCUGGCGCGCACAGACACUUGCUGAGAAAAGGACUGAACGUGUAUUUAUUAUGACAUGCAUACUCAUCACCGCUCUGGCCAGCGUUUCCAUCUAUACAUCAACAUCUCACCCAUAUCAUUCCUCCUCCAGCAGCACUCUGCUUGCGGGAUGUAGCACAAGAAUGUACAACUCCCCUUCGAUCUUCAUUCUUGUAUCUGCCUAUAUAUGACCAUACUUCGUCCUUCGUCCUUUAAUUGUCC